AUGCUUGUCGCAGGUGCCGCCGCAACAAGUCUCGUUGCGAUUCAUUCCGCCCGUGCUCGCUGUGCUUGCGCGCCGAUGUGGAAUGCGAAUCGAUUCAGCUUGGGGUAUCAGCACUCGGCGCUCGGGAGCCUGUCAGUCGCAAGUCGCGGCGAAGACUACGACGAAUGUAUGAUCACUCAUCUAUCUACCUUGGAAUUGAACCUAACAACGUGUCUCCACGGUAGACGACCUCCGCUAGGAGAUACUAGAGGCAGCUCCAAGGCGACAACCUCGACAUCGACAUCACCUAGCAACGCACCUCCCAAUGCCUCAGAACAUGAUGCAUUUCAUGAUGAAAUGCACCAAGUUCGGUGCGAAGUGCCGUCACAAUUGUCAGACAAUGUCCACUCGCGCCACAGCGAAGCGGACUCGGCUAUGGGUAUUGCGAGAAAGAUAAGCCGACUUGGGAGUCAAGGCAUUGAAAGUUGUUCCACCUUUGCCAUUCCUGACGGUGGUUACCGCGCCCAAAGUCCUCGCGCAGGUGUUGGUGAUGCACGCAUUCCCAUAUCAACCAUCUUGGGAAGCCGAUUUCCGGACCGUCGGCUCAUCCACGAACUCAUGGAGGACUACUUUGAUGCAGUUCACUGGUUCUCUUUGGUUAUGUACGAACGAAAAUUUCGGAGGCAACUUGCCUCCGUGGAAGAUGGCUGUGCAGACGUGCAUCUUGUUGGGAUCUCAUCAUGUCUACCACGGUCGACCAAACCUUUCCUUGCGCUACUAGGAGCAACGAUUAAGAUAUCUCAUGCUCUGGGUAUACAUCGCCAUUUGCCACAUAAAAGUCCUGACGAAACCGAAGAGCGAAAAAGGGUGUGGUGGACGAUCUACACAUGGGAUAGAUUUGCCUCCAUCUCAUAUGGGCGGCCAUUAAGCAUAAACGACGAAGACUUCAACCUGGAGAUGCCGCUAGAAUAUCCCGAAUCGCCAUACUUUUCUCGGCAACCGGGAGCCAGCAAUCUACUUUAUCGGCCGUUUCUAGCCAAGCAAGUUGAUCACCUGUCCAUCAUGCCCUCAAACGCAUAUGCCCUCGCAUCUCGAGCUGGCUCUCCUGUGCCUGAACUGCAUGGCUCUCCAUUGACCGAAAGCCUAAGAAACUUGACGGUCCCGGAUGCCGUCAGCAACUCGACCAACAACUCGGAGUAUUGGCUGAGUGCAGCGGUAAGAACGGGGCGAAUUGUUGAGCUGCCUGAGCUCGCCCAGCUUGCCAAAGAGAGCCAUCUCGUUGCUUUUAUGGCUAUAAACUUGUUCCACGCUGCCAUCGUGCUUAUACUUCUUGCCCUGUCUGACCCUCUGUCUGAUAGAGCCCAGAAAUUGAAGCGGGCAAUCACCCGAGUACUUCGCUUACAGCACCUGCUGGGCAAGCAGUCAGCUCUGUCGAAACAGAGUGGUUUUGUACUCCAAAACCUUUGUCCACCUUGA